AUGUCUGCCUUCCAGAACUUCGAGGUCACUAAGCGCACAUCUUACAAUGCCACGUCCGAUAAUGCCACAUCUUCCAGGCGACCUGAGAAGCGACCCCGUCUCACAAGAUUUAAUGAUGAUCAUGAUGCAGAAUCAACUCAAGAUGAUUCUGAGGUUGAUAGCUCAUACUCUGAGGAUGAGCACGACACGGAUGUCCAGGAUGACGACUCAUGUGAUGAUGAAGUCGAUGAAGACUGCUUGUUGGCUCCAGACCACCGAGUUUUUGAAGACGAUGAAGACGAAGAAGAAGACGAUAAUAUAGAUGUUGAUCUUCCAUGCAAUGGUCUUGAUGAAAAAGGUAUUGAAUGUUCUUCUAACCAUAGAUUUGAAUUUGCUCUGACACACCUGCAGAACACCUGUUUGCGCACUGUGUUGCCAAAUCAUCUCCUGGACUAUUUAGAUGAACAAUUCGGCAUGCAUGAUUCAUCUCCUCUAACUCCGUGCAAUAAACGAGAGAAAUCUCAACGUCUUCAAAGGUUCGAUGAAGACAUCCGACAAAUCAUUUGGAACGCGAAGCUCAUUGCUUCUACCUCACGGGGUGGCAAGCUCAAGGAGGUUUUUGAAGAGCAAAUGUUCACAGUAGCAUUUGCGGGUUUGUUGACCAGAGGUAGUGAAGAUUACCUGGUAGAACAGGUCUUGAGUGGCGUCCCGGAAUCUACCAAGAUAGUUCUUGGUCAAAGAGGUUUUCAAAUCGAAGAUCUCUUGUCUCUCCCUAGGCUUUCCAAUUCGGAAUUGUCGGAAAAGUAUGUAUAUCUCGAUGUUCUCCAGUAUGCACCAAACGAGAGCCUUAAAUGGAAACUGUAUGUUGGCUCGGCUGUGAGCGAGUUUGGUUCACUGAGGCGCUGGCAUGGUUACCUUUGGAAAGCGGCUAAAGGCACUCGACACGAAUCAGCCCUCAAAGAGGCUGGACGUACCAUGAACCUGCAAUGUAUUUCGCAUGAUGGAUUUUACCUAGAGCUAUGGCUUCCACUUCUCACAGAAGCUGUAAUGAUGAUUUACCUUGGUUCGGUCAAUGAACCCAGGUUGACACAAGCUAGCACAUCUGCCGUCGAUCUUCGUAAACGAUAA